CCUCUUAUAUAUAAAUCCUAUGCACUUUUGUUAGCUACAGUCACAAAGCAAUAUCUUAUCAGCACAAUGAUUUUUCAUCUUCAAUCUCUUCUUCUGAUUGUUAUGGCCACUUUGGUGCCAACAUUUAUGAUCCCUACCUUUGCUCAGCUAAGUCAUGAUUAUUAUGACCAAGUUUGCCCUGAGGCAUUGCCAAUCAUAUACUCACUUGUUAAGGAAGCAAUUCUUCAUGAAAAACGCAUCGGAGCAUCCUUGCUGCGUUUGCAUUUCCAUGACUGCUUUGUUAAUGGCUGUGAUGGAUCAGUGCUGCUAGAUGACACACCUUUCUUCUUGGGGGAGAAGACUGCAUUCGCAAAUCUGAAUUCAAUCAGAGGAUUCGAGGUGGUUGAUAAAAUCAAAGCAGCAGUGGAUAAGGCUUGCAAACAUCCUGUAGUAUCGUGCGCAGAUAUCUUGGCUGUAGCUGCUCGUGACUCUGUAGCCAUAUUGGGUGGUCCACAAUAUUGGUACCGAGUGUUACUAGGCAGAAGAGAUGCAAGAAAUGCAAGCAGGGAUGCUGCGAAUGACAAUCUUCCAGCUCCAUUUUUCAACUUUCAACAGCUUCUUGCUAAUUUCCAAACUCAUGGACUAAACCUCAAGGAUUUGGUGGUCCUCUCCGGUGGCCAUAGCAUUGGAUUAGCAAGGUGCAUUAACUUCAGGGACAGGAUCUUCAAUGACACCAACAUAGACCCCAAAUUUGCUGCCACUUUGCGUGAGUCAUGCCCUCGAAGAGGAGGAGACAAUAGCUUAGCACCACUUGAUGCCACUCCUUCAAAAUUUGACACCACAUACUAUAAAGCUUUGUUGUACAAAAAGGGUCUCCUCCAUUCUGAUCAAGAGCUGUUCAAGGGUGAUGGUUGGGAAAGUGACAGUUUGGUGAAACUAUACAGCAAUGACCCUUAUGCUUUUGCCAAAGAUUUUGGAGUUUCCAUGAUUAAGAUGGGUAACUUGAAGCCUCUUACAGGGUCCUACGGAGAGAUCAGAUACAAUUGCAGAAAAGUCAAUUAGCACUGCAUAUUAUUUCAAUGCCUUGGUCACAACAGGAGAAGGAUAACGGUUUGAGCAACUGUUUGAUAUAAAGUCGUAUAUUUGUGCAAAUUUUUAUACUCUAUACAUCACCUUGAAUACUGUUUAUCAAUGUUGAUAAUAAGACUCUUGGUUCAAAACUUCAGAUAAUGAACCCCAUAGAGUUAAGAAA